CGAAAUACAUAACCAGUUGUUUUCUGCCGCAAAGCGUACUAAACGUUCUGACGGAUAACUCGUCUUAUACUGGUCAGAUUUUAUAUUAUGAUUGAAAUAAAAAUGGUCUUACGGUCGCUUAGUUUGUUGAUAGCUAUAGUUUUGAAUUGUGGUGGUGCUGUAGACAUAGAAAAAUAUAUGAAAGUAUGUGCCAGAAACUCGCCCGAUGUGAACGAUUGUCUCAUAGAUGCCGUACAAUACGGAAUAUCCGUGAUGGCAAACGGCAUAAAAGAUUUGGAAGUACCCCCUGUGGAUCCUUACGUCCAAAAGAAACUGCUAUUGGAAUAUAAGAAUAAUCAGGUACAAGUCAAAAUGAACAAUAGAGAUAUUCAUGUGAUUGGAUUAAAAUCUUCGACAGUCCGCGAUGCCAGAUUGCGUGCCGAUGAAGAUAGUUUUCAUCUUGAAGUGGAUAUGUACACCCCCGCGGUGUCUAUGACUGGAAAAUACGAAGGCGGUGGUAGCUACAAUGCAUUGAACAUCACUGCACGCGGCACUUAUCAAGCCGACAUGACUGAUCUCGUUUAUACUUGGAAACUGGACGGUAAACCUGAGACUAUUAAUAAUGACGUUUAUGUGCGAAUCAAGUCCUUUUACAUGCGACCCGAUGUCUCAAGUAUGAAGGUUCACUUAACUAAUGAUGCUCCUGAGAGUAAAGAAUUAACUGAGCUGGGCGUGAGGCUCGUAAACGAAAACUGGAAAGUGCUGUACAGGGAGUUGCUGCCCUUUGCAAUGAACAAUUGGGAUAAGAUAGGUACAAAAGUAGCGAACAAACUUUUUCUAAAGGUACCUUACAAUCAGUUGUUUCCCAAUAACUAAAUAGUUUUUCUAUUGUUUUCUACUAUAAGAUAACUACCGUAAGUUAGUAAGUAGUACUAUUUUACUUUUGUGUGCAAUAAAGUUUUUAUUCAUAUUUAAUUUUGUUAAUAACUUUAGAUACCUACAUUCGAACAGUUAAAUACUUACAAGUUCCUACACAUAAUGCGAUUUGUAGAGUACCUACAUACGUAGGACUAACCAACCUAGAGUAGAGUGAUAAUGAUGCUGUAGGGUAGAAACAUGAUUAGUUAUAAAGGCUCUAAAUUACCGAGAUUAUGCUAAAAGGCUAAAUAACAGGAAAUUGGUGUCAAGUGGCAAAGUUCAUAACAAUUUAUGUAAAAUAAGUCCUUAGUUAGGUAUGUACAGGUAUUAAGUAAGUACCUACUUACUUUUAGUUACCAGUGAACGACAAAGCACAGAAGGCGCGUUUCUAAAAAUUGACAUUCGGUCGUUGCAUUUUAAUGGAAGGUAUGGAAUAUUUCUAUGUUUUUUUUGUUCACUGCUGGUUAACUACGAAGUUUGACUGUACGUGCCUACGUCUUGUUCUACAAAAUGUUUUCUAUUCAUAUUUUUCCAAUGAACUAAGGUACCUAGAAAUGAUUAGGUACCUAUACUGGAGAAACGGUUGGUCAGUUUAAUGUGAUCACAUUUUGUAGUUUUCUAAUGUGAUACUUAUUUACCUAAGAUAAAUAAAUAGAUACUAUAGCUUAGGUAUUUUUAUUAUGGUUUCAUAAUGUGUAGUUAGGUAAUAAAAUGUUUAAUUUA